UACGAAUAACAGUAUUAGAAUUAAAGAGUGAGAGAAAUGGAAGGAGGAUUGAGGCUUUUAUUGUUCACUAUAGUAGUGUUUUUAGGAAUAGGACAUAGCAAUGGUCAAUUAAGGAAAGGUUAUUACAAGUCGAGUUGUCCACAAGCUGAGCAAAUUGUUCAAAAUAUCACUUGGAAUCGUGUCGCUAGAAAUUCUGCAUUGCCCGCUAAGUUCUUGAGGAUGCAUUUCCACGACUGCUUCGUUAGGGGUUGUGAUGGUUCAGUAUUGAUAGACUCCACAUCAAACAACACUGCAGAGAAGGCUGCAAUACCAAACUUAAGCCUCGGCGAUUUUGAUGUGAUUGAUGAAAUAAAGACUAAAUUGGAAAAUACUUGUCCAGGAGUUGUAUCUUGUGCUGACAUUUUGACAUUAGCAGCUAGAGACUCAGUUUCUUUCCAAUUCAAGAAACAAAUCUGGGAAGUGCUAACUGGAAGAAGAGAUGGAAGGAUUUCAAGGUCUUCAGAAGCACUCUCUGAUAUCCCUUCACCUUUCUUCAACUUCACUUCCCUCAAACAGUCCUUUGCCAACAAAAGCCUCACCGUUCACGAUCUUGUGGUUUUAUCAGGGGGACAUACAAUUGGAGUUGGAAAUUGUAAUUUCUUCAGCAAUAGGCUAUACAAUUUCACAGGAAAGGGAGAUACUGAUCCUUCCUUAAAUUCAACAUAUGUAGCUUUCUUGAAAACAAAAUGCCAAAGCCUUUCAGACAACACAACAACUGAAAUGGAUCCUGGGAGUUCUUUAACGUUUGACAAUAAUUAUUUCUCUGUCUUAAAACAACAAAAAGGUCUUUUUCAGUCAGAUGCUGCACUUUUGACUAAUAAAGGAGCUAAAAACAUUGUUGAUGAGAUGCUUAUUGCUGGAAAAUUCUUCACUGAGUUUAGCCAAUCAAUGAAGAGAAUGGGAGCUAUUGGAGUUUUGACUGGAUCUGCCGGAGAAAUUAGGAAAAAAUGCAAUGUGGUUAAUUAAAUUAAUUAAUUCUUGAAAUCAAGCCUUUUAUUUGUGUGUUUGAGUGAAUUGGUUGAGGUUUGUUUGUUUCUUUUUCUUUAGCUGUACAAUGAAAAUAGAGAGAGAUAAGAGUAGUGGUGAAAUUUAUUUUCGCGUGCAGGCAGCAAUUUGAGUGAUGUAAUCUUUAAUUAUUGUUUCAAUAACUGAUUUGUUUAAUUUAUUUCCCCCGCCUGAAAGCAAAUCACAAAUUUGGUGCAUGAAGAGUGAUAAACAAUCUCGUCACCGGAUUUGA